AUGCCUCUCUACGAGGUAUCUCACGCCACCCCUCUAAGCCAAGGCCAGAGGGAUCAGCUCGCCGAAUCCAUCACCGCAAUACACAACACCAAGUUCACCGUCCCGAGAAUGUUCAUCAACGUCAUCUUCACAGACUCAUCAAACAUCCCAACCUACGUCGGCGGGAAACAAGAGGACUUCAGCUUGUUAUGCUACGAGAUCCGAGCCGCGUGGGCUCAAAUCGUGCACCCGGAGACGGCAGAUGAGGGAGGCAAGCUGCCGCCUCAGGAUCUGGAACUGAGGUCGGUCUUUAUUACCGGGGAGCUCAUCGCCGGGUUGAAAGCCAGUUUCCCGACACCAUCGGCUGGCGAUGAGCUUGCGUGGGCUGGGGAGAAUUACGCAGCAUUCAAGGAGAGGGCAGAGGCGGGAGAUGAGGAUUUUGCGGAUCUUGUUGCUGAGAUUCAAAGUUGGCCAGAGUUUGAGUUUUGA